GGUUUUCAGCCCCGCCCCUGUCUCUUUUCCCGCCCUGUUGCUGUGGCGCCGCCGCUGGCUGUAGCCCCUGGACCCCUACCAUGGAAGAGACAGUAGAAGAUCCCCCCACAUCAGCUGUCUUGCUGGACCACUGUCAUUUCUCUCAGGUCAUCUUUAACAGUGUGGAGAAGUUCUACGUCCCUGGAGGGGACAUCACAUGCUAUUACACCCUCACCCAGCAUUUCAUUCCCCGUCGAAAGGAUUGGAUUGGCAUCUUUAGAGUGGGAUGGAAGACAACCCGUGAGUACUACACCUUCAUGUGGGUUACUUUGCCUGUUGACCUAAACAGCAAAUCUCCCAAACAGCAGGAGGUCCAGUUCAAAGCUUAUUACCUGCCCAAGGAUGAUGAGUAUUACCAGUUCUGCUAUGUGGAUCAGGAUGGUGUGGUCCGGGGGGCAAGUAUCCCUUUCCAGUUCUGUCCAGAAAAUGAGGAGGACAUCCUGGUUGUUACCACUCAGGGUGAGGUGGAAGAGAUUGAGCAGCACAACGAGGAGCUCUGCAGGGAAAACAAGCAGCUGAAGGACAGCUGUGUCAGCCUCCAGAAGCAGAACGCAGACAUGCAGGCUAGGCUCCAGAAGAAGCAGGAGGAGCUAGAAACCCUAAAGAGCAUCAAUAAGAAAUUGGAACAGACAAUGAAAGAGCAGAAGGACUGUUGGGAGACAGAGCUUCUUCAGCUGAAAGAACAAAACCAGAAGAUGUCCUCAGAAAAUGAAAAGAUGGGAGUCAGAGUGGAUCAGCUUCAGGCCCAGCUGUCAACUCAAGAGAAAGAAAUAGAGAAGCUUGUUCAGGGAGUCCAAGAUAAAGCAGAGCAGUUGGAGGACCUGAAAAAGGAAAACGGCCAGCUCUUUCUCAGCUUAACUGAACAGAGGGAACACCGGAAGGAGCUCGAACGGACAGUGGAGGAGAUGAAGCAGAAAGAAACUACUGCAGCGAAGAAAGAACAGGAGUUAACGGACCAGAACUUUGACCUGUCAAAAAGACUGAGUGAGAACAAGAUUAUAUAUAACGUUCUGCAGAAAGAGAAAGAGAGAAUGGAAGAAGAAAAUAGUCUUUUGAAGAUGGAGAACAGCACACUGCUGAGUUACAUGGGUCUGAAUUAUGACUCUUUGCCGUAUCAAGCGCCUGCUUCGAAUCAAGGAGGUGCGAGACCAAACCCAGGACUUGUCUAUGGAAACCCGUAUUCUGGUAUCCAAGAAAGUCCUGCCCCCAGCCUGCUCUCCAUCAAGAAAUGCCCCACCUGCAAAUCAGACUUUCCUGAUGACUUGUUUGAUCACACCUUGGAGCAGCACAUGCAGCCCCUUAGUUUGAAUUGUCCAAUUUGUGACAAGGCCUUCCCAGCAAAAGAGAAGCAGAUCUUUGAAGACCAUGUGUUGUGCCACACUCUCUAAGUGUCCCGGCCUCUUGGAUCUAUACUGUACAUGGAUUUUAUAGAGUAGAAGCUUCUACUAUGAGUUAUGACCCAAGAUCCUGCCUAACCUGAAUCAUUAGGGAUUUACUUAGUCCUGCUGCCCUAUAGGUGGAGUCAUGUCAAUUAUCUGAAGUAUAGUGUUAAGGGCUGUUACUUCCAUCCUUGUGGGUUUUAGUACCUUUUAAGUCACAUAACUCCAGCUGUGUCAGCCUCUCAACUAAAAUGCCCAUUCUUGCGAGGGUCUCCAGCAUAAAGGCCCUGGGUUGGAGCUGACCUGGCUGUUCACAGGAGGCCUGACUCGAGUACUAAGUGAGUAGUUUUCCAGGUUGUCCCACUGCCAUUCAAGGUCAGGCCUUGAGUGUGUUUGUACUCAGUCCUCAGUCCUAACCCUGGGGCUGGUGACUGAUCAGAGGUUGAGAAUUUCUACCUCCUCCUCAGGCCUCCUUCUCCAACUAAUUUAGAAUAGUCAAAAAAGGCAUGGCAGAGAACCCAGAUAUCCAAUUUGGAUACCAAAGUUUUCUCAUCUUGAUUUCCCAGCUCCCGACGGAAGCAUUCCUGAACAAUGGACAUGAAAUAUUUCACUCACAGAAAGGCUUUCUCUCUGGAUACCUCUGACUGGCAUUUUCUACUCUGGUUUUUUCCUGUGCACAUAACUAUUAUUGUUGUAAGUCCUUUCUUAAUGGUUAGUGGGACUUGUUAGAAACUGUAUGGGUUUGCAACUUUCUGAGCAGGUGAGUUUGAAUAUGGAUAAGUUAGAAUAAGAACUAUUGUUAAUCGCUUUAAUACUAAAAAUAAACUAGUCCUCUAUUCAGGGACUUUGGUAAUUUAAAAUAAA